AUGGCGAGGACUCUCGUUUCGCCGUCUCAGCUCCUCGCCCUCAACAAGCUCAUUGCCCAUGCAGCGCGCAGGCAUGAGCUGGACCCUGAUCGGCCAGUGGAUCUGCUCUCGCCACAGCACUCAAAGCUCAUCACAGCAGAAGAAGGGGACAUGCGUGUGUUGAACGCGACACCGAUCCAUUCCCUGCUCUCUUCAAUCAUUACGACGACGUCAGAAAGGCUGUUGAAGUUGUGUCGCGUGUUGCAAGUAGAGGUGGAGAAGUCGGACAUGUUGGUGCCAUCAGAGCUAGACUUGCGCGACUACCAGGAGUUCCUUGAGGAGUGGGAACUUGACAAGCUCUUUGCCAUCGCGUUUGCUAACCAAACAGUCAGACGCUGGGUAGAACCUUGUCAAAGCAUCAACAUGCACAAGCCUGAGCAGCAAAAACCUGUAGAGCUCCCUGACAACGAGCUAGGGGAAGUUGAAAACCUUGAGGAAUACUGCAUUGAGGUUCGCAACAAGCAUCAGCGAGUGGCAAUGGAGUUGAAGAGGUUGAAAGAGCAAAGAGCAUUUGCGGCGUGUGGCUCAUCCCCCAUUGUAACAUCACAAGACCUGAAAGAGCAUGAAGCUUCUGUACAUAGUUUGCUCUUGUGCCUCAAAUACAACAAUGGUCGAGCACAAAAUAGAACCGCUGUGGGAGUGAGGGAAGAGUGCUUUGCCGAUGCUGAGCAGUAUAACGCAGAGAGAAAGCAAGAGAUCGCAAGGAGGCUGCAGGAGAUGCAUGAGGAGUCCAACUCCUCCCUGGAGAGGAUGUUGCGGAAAGAAUCUCCCAGCCCCGACGACCCGCAGGCAGAGCAUGAGAUCACCAAGUCUGUCAUGAAAUUUGCUGGGUCGCUGCUGCAAUUCUUCUCCCUUGACGACAAGCAGAAGAAAGAAAAUCAGCCGAGGACUCAGAAACAGGCCGCUGCUCCCGAAGAUCCAGGUCGUGAGAGGCUACGCAAAGAUUUCUUUGACAACGAGUUUCGGUCUUCUAAGGUGUUAGAUGUUUCGAAUCAUUACGGCACGAUCUGA